AUGGGCAGAUGUCCUCUUCUUCAAUCAGGGUUACCCAAAACUCUCUGGCCCUAUGCAAUUCAAACCGCAGCUCACAUUAGGAAUAGAUGUUUUAAUAAGAAAACAAAGACAACACCCUACUUUAGCCUUACUGGGAAAGUACCUGAUAUUUCUAAAAUGUGGAUCUUUGGAUCUGAAUGUUUUGCUUACGAACAGGAGCAUAAGAAAUUUGACUCAAGAUGCAGCAAGGGGGUAUUUGUGGGAUACGACAAAAAAAACCCUUCUUACCUAGUGUACUACCCACAAAAUGGGAAAAUCAUAAAACAUCGACUCAUUAGAUUCAUCAAGAAAUGUAGUGUACAACAGCACACACAAACUGAUGAGUCCAGCAGGGAUUGUGAUGUACAUGAGAAAUCUGACCAUGAUACUAGAUCAGACUUAGAUAGUAUGAGCCUCCCUGUGUUAAGUGCAAUGCCGCCAAAUACAGUGCCUGAUGAGGAGCCUAGGGAUAAUGAGGCAAGGCAUUGUGACCAUACUGAGAAUGACAGUGAGACAAAACGGUAUCUUCAAAGAGAAAGGAACCCUCCCAGAUACUUAGAAGAGGACACCCUCCUCCCUAAGAAUGCCGAUUGUGCCCACAUUAGUGUAGAUUACUGCUACAAAGUUUGUGGAUUACCACAAAAUUACACACAAGCCAUGGGAUCACCUCAAGCUAGUGAGUGGGAGCAAGCAAUGAAGGAAGAGAUCAGCUCUCUGAAGGAAAAUGAUACUUACGAAUUAUCAACUUUACCAGAAGGUAAAGCUUCAGUAGGGGGAAAAUGGGUGUACACAACCAAACAAGAUCAGAAUGGCAUAGAGACCUUUAAGGCCAGAUAUGUAGCGAAGGGUUACAGCCAGGUAAAGGGUAUAGAUUAUCAAGAAACUUUCGCCCCGACAGCCAGUAUUACUUCAAUUAGGGUCUUAAUGCAGUUAGCAGAAAAACAUGAUCUUAUUGUCCACCAGAUGGACGUUAAAACUGCAUAUCUGCAUGCCCCCAUUACUCAAGAGUUAUACAUAGACCAGCCACAAGGGUUUGAAGAGGUUUCAGAGAGUGGUGAGAGGUUAGUAUAUAGGCUAAAGAAAUCGCUAUAUGGUCUAAAACAAUAAGGUAGAAAUUGGAACAUAUUGUUACACGAGCAUUUAGCAAAUGACGGUUUUGUCAGAAACCAUGCUGAUCACUGUGUAUAUAAGAAACAAGUUGAUGAUAAAAUUGUUAUCGUCAUUGUUUGGGUUGAUGACCUAAUUAUAGCUUCAGAUAGUAUGCAGUUAAUGGAAGAAUUUAAAGAAAGUAUGAAGACACAAUUUAAGAUGAAAGAUCUAGGUAGAAUCACUUUCUUCCUUGGAAUGGAUUUUAAGCAAAGCAAGGGUAAAAUAAAAAUUAAUCAGAAAAGAUUCAUUCUUAAAAUACUAGAGAGAUUUGGAAUGAUAGACUGCAAGCCCAGGUUAACCCCAUGUGAGCAACGAUUAGAAUUUAACUGUGGUGAAUUGACCAACGCCAGACAGUAUAGAGAAAUGAUAGGAAGCCUAAUUUAUGCCAUGACCUGUACAAGGCCUGAUUUAAGGUGGAUUGUAAGCAGACUGUCUCAAACUCUGUCAAACCCCAGAACGGGAGAUUUAAUUGCUGCCAAACAUGUCCUAAGGUAUCUAAAGGGUACCGUGGAUUAUGAACCCUGCUUUAAGAAAUCUGAUGCUGACUUGCAGCUCGCUGCUUAUAGUGAUUCAGAUUGGGCCUUUUGCCUGGAAGACAGGCGAAGUACUACAGGUUACUGUUGUACUCUAACUGAAGGAGGACCACUGAUUUCAUGGAAGUCGAGGAAGCAACCAACGGUUGCCAUUUCCACUUGCGAAGCUGAAUAUGUAGCUUUAGCAAAUACAGCUCAAGAAUGUUUGUAUCUAACUCAAUUGUUAAACGGUAUGUAUAAGAAAGUACAUCAGAGUAUGAAGGUAAGUGUUGAUAACCAAUGGGCAAUUGCACUAAGUAAGAACCCAGUUAACAGACAACGUUCUAAGCAUAUUGGCAUAAAGUACCACUUUGUACGUGAAAUGUAUGUUAAAGGCAUGAUCGAUAUUGUAUAUUGUCCUACCCAGGAUAUGGUAGCUGAUAUCCUAACAAAGCCACCCACAAAAUGUAAACUAGAUAAUUUUAAAAGUAUCGUGUUCGGUUGUUGUAAUUAG